AUGAAUACUGAUUAUGAAGAUUAGGAUGAAAAUAAUCUAGAUGAUCUUGAAAACUUAGACAUUAGCAAAGUAAUUUAAUCCAAGUAUAAAUAAAGGAGAGUUGGAAUGUAAAUUUAAUGCUUAUACAUCUUAAGUUCGCAAUAUUAAUAACAGGAGUAUUAAAAAGUCAGAUAAAAUCAGAUUGCACCUGAUCUUGAAAAUCAACCAAUUCAACAGACAUAAAUCAAUCAAACAACUUAAUCAGAUAUAUUAGUUUCGCGAUCUGAUAACUAAGUCAACGAUUAAAAACUGAUAACAUUUAGAUGUUAAAACAAUAUCAACCAAUAAACAAAAGAAAAACCAAAGAAAAAUUAAAAAACAUGUUUUAGUUCGUAUAAUUAAUGCAGAAUUUGUGGAGAUGGAGAUUCUGAUGACUGUCCUUUAAUCAAAGCUUGUGAAUGCGUAAGGUCGAGGUAUUAUGUUCAUGAGGAAUGCUUAAAGCAGUAAAUUUUGGAUGAAUAUAAUUAUAAAAUAAGAGGAGCAAAAUGUUCUUCAUGCUAAGUCAAAUUCAAUAUGAUAAUAGAGGGAAAUUUCAUUUUUCUUCCGAUUAGGUUGGGAGUAAAGUAAAGAUAAAAUCCCAUUAUUUUGCUUGGUCACUUUUUAACUUGUACUUAUAGUGAUGGUUAUUUUAUUGUCAAUUAGAUUGUAAAUUUAUUAAUAAGAUUUAGAACUUCAAUAAAGGAAACUAAAAAUAGAUAAAACUUUCUAAAUUCUAAAGUUUUCAUUAUUCUUUUCAUAGUUAUUUGCUGUGUCAUAAGCAUAAUUUUAGUUUGGUUAAUUACAAUGAUAUUGAAAAACAUAUUUUAUGUAGAGAAAAUAACGAAAUGGAAGAUUAUCCCCUAUCUAAUCAAAUAGCCAUCAUUUGUGAUGCAAUAGAAUAUUGAAAUCAAUAAUAAAGGCAUAUUAAAACUUUAAUAAAUGAUCUAAUAACAAGAAUAAAAUCAUACAAACGAAGACCUAACGAAAUCAGAACAUAUUAAUACGACUAAGACUCAAUAUAAACGAUAUUUCACUUCUAUGAAAAUAAAGUAAUAAGAAAGCUUGAUUUCUUGA